AUGGAAUAUUUCUAUAAAUUGGUCAUAGUUUUAGCCUAUAUUCAUACAUAUUUGAUGCACAGCAGAUGUGUGAAAAAGGUAUUUUUAGCUGAAAAUGAACCUGAUCCUGGUGUAAAAUCAGAGGAUGGAAAAGGCCCUUAUGAGGAGGAUGUUCUUACAGAAGUUAUGAAUCUUCUUUCUUUCAAGACUUUGGGGGAAGAAAAGGUGGAACAGGAAAAAUCCGAAGAAGAGGGUGCAGUUGGCGGGGUGGAAGGAAGGGGUGCAGUUGGUGGGGUGGAUGAAUUGGGUGCAGUUGGUGGGGUGGAUGAAUUGGGUGCAGUUGGCGGGGUGGAAGAAUUGGGUGCAGUUGGUGGGGUGGAAGAAUUGGGUGCAGUUGGUGGGGUGGAAGAAUUGGGUGCAGUUGGUGGGGUGGAAGAAUUGGGUGCAGUUGGUGGGGUGGAAGAAUUGGGUGCAGUUGGCGGGGUGGAAGAAUUGGGUGAAGUUGGUGGGGUGGAAGAAUUGGGUGAAGUUGGUGGGGUGGAAGACAUGGAAACUGGAGAAAAAUCCCCAAGAAAAAGAAGAUUAAUUUUAAGAAAAGCACGUUUUCAAUUAGAAAAUAUUAAAAAAUACAAGGGGACCUCUGAAGAAGAUGUACAGAUGGAAGAAGUAAAAGAAAAGGGAACAACUUCAAGUGAAUCAUCAUCAGAUGAUGCACCAGAAGAAAAACCUGAAGAAAAGCCUGAAGAAGCGGGUGACGCCGCGUUAAUUGAGUUUAAACAUGUACUAAGGGUGUGUGAUUAUAUAUAUUUUGAAAUUAAUGAUGAAGCAAUAGACGAAUAUUUAAAGACAAGGGUAUACGGAAUAGAACGAAUUUCUGAAUUGCAUAAAGAAUAUCCAUUAAAUUUGGGGAAAGCUAUUGACUUUGAAAGUCUUCGUAAGCCUUUUGGAGUAGCAGAUGAAAGCCUUGUACUGAUAAAUGAAACCGAAUUACACGAAAUGCUAUAUUUUGAUGAUUAUAUGAAAAUUCCAUUAUUAGAUUUUUUAAAUAAUACAACGGUGGGUAAAUUACCUCUGACAAAAGUUAAUUCCUUAUAUUCCCAAGUAGGUAUUAAAUAUCUGCCAUGGAAUAAUUAUCUGUUGGAGUAUCUUAGUCCAAGAAGCAUAUCUUUUAACAUUGACCAUUUUUUUAAUAAUAAUAUAGGAACAUAUUUAUCUGACGAAAAAUGUGAAAUUUGCAAUUUUGAUGAUACAAGAAGAAUGGUUAUAGGAGAAAAAAAUAAGGAAAACAAUAAUAUAGUUGAAGCAUUAAGAGAGAUGAAAAACUCUAGGGAAUUGUCUUAUGGCGAACGACAGAGACUAAGAUAUAUCAUUUUUUACCAACUUAGGAGUUUGGCGUAUGUAGAGAAAAAAUUAUCUUUCUUUGGUGAAAAACGUAAUAGAAUUAAGAAUGAUUUAACGCUUCUUUCAGAAUAUUUCCCUUUACCUAAAAAAUAUGUAUAUAAGGAUGUUACCCUUUUGACAUGUCUACAUUAUGUAAGCAGUUAUAUCAUUGUAAUACUUAAGCCAUUGAAGGGUAAAGUUGGAAAAAAUAUGAUAGAACAUAGGGAGCUUCUUAAUACUGCAGCUUUAGUAAAUCACUUAAUAGCUGUAAUGGAGUUUAUGGAAAAUAAUUCACAAUUGUGUCAAAAAUUCUUUGAGAUCUAUCGCCAUCUUCGUGGUUUUUACCCACGUUUGAAAUCGAGUGAAGAUAUAGUAAAAAUGUUUAAUUAUUUAAUGAUAAGGCGUCAAUUAUUUUGUAUAAUGUAUAAUAUAGGUAAAUUACUUUCAAAAUUACAAUAUUGCGAAGAUCAGGUAACUAAUUAUGAGGAUAAUAUUUUUGGGGAUUAUGCGAAAUUAACCUUUUCAUUAGAACGUACAUUAGAUAAGGCGAAGGAGUUAUAUAAAAGGUGA